AGCGCUUGUGCAAACCGGGAAGAUGGCGGCCGGCGGCGGCGGAGGCAGCAGUAAGGCCUCCUCCUCGUCGGCCUCUUCGGCAGGGGCUCUGGAGUCUUCGUUGGAUCGAAAAUUCCAGUCGGUAACCAACACCAUGGAAUCCAUUCAAGGCCUGUCGUCUUGGUGUAUAGAGAACAAGAAACACCACAGUACUAUCGUCUACCAUUGGAUGAAGUGGCUUCGGAGAUCUGCGUAUCCCCACCGUUUGAAUCUCUUUUACCUUGCCAAUGAUGUCAUACAGAACUGUAAAAGGAAAAAUGCAAUCAUAUUCCGUGAAUCAUUUGCUGACGUACUUCCUGAAGCAGCUGCUCUAUCACAGGCCUUAAUUGAAGAGCUGCUGCUAUACAAGCGCUCAGAAGAUCAGAUAGAAUUGAAGGAAAAACAGUUGUCAACUAUGAGGGUAGAUGUAUGCAGCACAGAAACUCUCAAAUGCUUAAAAGACAAAACAGGUGGGAAGAAGUUCUCCAAAGAAUUUGAAGAGGCAAGCUCCAAGCUGGAGGAAUUUGUGAAUGGAUUAGAUAAGCAGGUGAAAAAUGGGCCUUCACUAACAGAAGCACUGGAAAAUGCUGGAAUUUUCUAUGAAGCACAAUACAAAGAAGUAAAAGUGGUGGCCAAUGAAGGGGAGAGAGUGGAGGACAGGAAGGAAAAACCUGUAGAGAAGUCAGCUGUAUCCACUUCUGUACCUACAAAGCCAACAGAAAGUAUCUCCAAGGCCUCUCCGUGUACCCCAGUGCCUGUGACCAUGACAACAACCCCACCUGUUCCAAAGCCUGCAAAUACUUCUAUUCUAUCCCCUUCCCCAGGGUUGGCUUUGCCAAACCUGGCUAAUGUAGAUCUGGCUAAGAUCAGUUCCAUCCUUAGCAGCCUGACGUCAGUCAUGAAAAAUACUGGGGUCAGUCCUGCAUCAAGACCUUCUCCAGGAACUCCUACCAGUCCCAGCAACCUCACCAGUGGCCUGAAAACACCUGCACCUACCACAACAGCAUCUCACAACCCUCUGGCAAAUAUCCUCUCGAAGGUGGAGAUCACCCCAGAGAGCAUUCUGUCUGCUCUUUCCAAAACCCAGACACAGUCAGCCCCUGCACUGCAAGGCCUGUCAUCUUUACUUCAGAGUGUUACUGGGAACCCAGUUCCAGCCAGCGAAGCUGCAUCACAGAGCACUUCAGCCUCCCCUGCCAGCACCACGGUCUCUACCAUGAAGGGAAGAAAUCUGUCUUCCAAUACCCAGUCUUUUAUUCCCAAAAGCUUCACCUAUUCUCCUAAUUCGUCAACUUCUGAAGUCUCUUCAACUUCAGCCAGCAAAGCCUCAAUUGGGCAAAGCCCAGGGCUCCCAAGCACUACUUUUAAACUACCGUCCAACUCUCUAGGGUUUACAGGUACCCACAAUACUAGCUCUGCUGCCCCACCUACUGAAGUUGCCAUGUGCCAAUCUUCAGAGAUCUCCAAGCCAAAGCUGGAGUCAGAGUCCACCUCCCCAAGCCUGGAAAUGAAGAUCCACAACUUUUUAAAAGGUAAUCCUGGUUUCAGUGGCUUAAACUUAAACAUCCCAAUCCUGAGCAGUUUGGGGUCCAGUGCCCCAUCAGAGAGCCAUCCCUCAGACUUCCAGCGUGGCCCUACUAGCACCUCAAUCGACAACAUUGAUGGAACCCCCGUACGGGAUGAACGGAGUGGGACGCCCACCCAGGAUGAGAUGAUGGACAAGCCCACAUCCAGCAGUGUAGAUACCAUGUCCCUGCUUUCUAAGAUCAUUAGCCCUGGUUCCUCAACACCCAGCAGUACAAGAUCACCACCCCCUGGGAGAGAUGAAACCUAUCCCCGGGAGCUCUCCAAUUCUGUAUCUACAUAUCGACCCUUUGGCCUGGGCAGUGAAUCUCCCUAUAAGCAGCCUUCUGAUGGAAUGGAGAGACCAUCUUCCCUGAUGGACUCUUCACAGGAAAAGUUCUUUCCAGAUACUUCUUUCCAAGAAGAUGAGGAUUACCGAGAUUUUGAGUAUUCAGGGCCUCCACCCUCUGCCAUGAUGAACCUAGAGAAGAAACCAGCCAAAUCUAUCCUGAAAUCAAGCAAGCUUUCUGAUAACACCGAAUACCAGCCAAUCCUGUCCAGUUAUAGCCACAGAACCCAAGAAUUUGGGGUAAAGUCUGCUUUCCCUCCAUCUGUAAGGGCCCUCCUGGACUCUAAUGAGAACUGUGACCAUCUCUCUUCUUCCCCUGGGCUAUUUGGUGCCUUCAACAUAAGAGGGAAUGAACCUGGGUCUGACCGGUCACCAUCACCGAGUAAGAAUGAUUCAUUUUUCACCCCUGACUCCAACCACAAUAGCUUGUCUCAAUCUACCACUGGGCAUCUCAGUUUGCCACAGAAGCAGUACCCAGACUCCCCUCACCCGGUCCCACAUCGUUCCCUUUUCUCUCCGCAGAAUACCCUUGCCGCUCCCACGGGUCACCCACCCACUUCAGGCAUGGAGAAAGUCCUGGCCUCCACCAUUUCCACCACAUCGACGAUUGAAUUUAAGAAUAUGCUUAAAAACGCCUCACGCAAGCCCUCAGAUGAUAAGCAUUUUGGCCAGGCCCCCAGCAAGGGCACUUCAAGUGAUGGUGUCAGUCUUUCAAACCUUACCCAGCCCAGCUUGACCGCCACUGAUCAGCAGCAACAAGAAGAGCACUACCGCAUAGAAACCCGUGUCUCCUCCUCCUGCCUAGACUUGCCUGAUAGCACAGAAGAAAAGGGGGCCCCUAUAGAAACCUUGGGUUAUCAUAAUGCCUCCAAUAGGAGGAUGUCAGGGGAGCCAAUACAGACCGUAGAGUCCAUCCGAGUUCCUGGGAAGGGAAAUAGAGGACAUGGGCGUGAGGCUUCAAGGGUGGGUUGGUUUGAUCUGAGUACAUCAGGCAGCUCUUUUGACAAUGGCCCCUCAAGUGCCUCUGAGUUGGCAUCCCUUGGGGGUGGUGGCAGCGGAGGCCUCACUGGCUUUAAAACAGCACCGUACAAGGAACGGGCACCCCAAUUUCAGGAGAGUGUCGGCAGCUUUCGUUCCAACAGUUUCAACUCAACAUUUGAGCAUCAUCUCCCCCCGUCCCCCUUGGAACAUGGGAAACCCUUCCAGAGAGAGCCAGUGGGGCCAUCAUCUGCCCCACCUGCCCCUCCUAAGGAUCAUGGUGGUAUCUUCUCUCGAGAUGCACCUACUCAUCUACCCUCUGUGGAUCUUUCGAACCCCUUCACAAAAGAGGCAGCCCUGGCCCAUGCUGCCCCACCCCCUCCUCCUGGAGAGCACAGCGGAGUUCCUUUCCCUACCCCACCCCCUCCUCCACCCCCUGGGGAACAUAGCAGCAGUGGUGGGAGUGGUGUCCCCUUUUCUACUCCUCCCCCUCCACCACCUCCUGUUGACCAUUCUGGAGUUGUACCCUUCCCAACCCCAGCACUGGCAGAGCAUGGAGUGGCAGGGGCUGUGGCAGUAUUUCCCAAGGACCAUAGUUCCCUUCUUCAAGGGGCCCUGGCUGAGCAUUUCGGGGUGCUCCCAGGACCCAGGGACCAUGGGGGCCCCACCCAACGGGACCUGAACAGCCCUGGCCUUAGCCGUGUACGCGAGAGCCUGAGCCUACCCUCCCAUUCUCUGGAGCACCUGGGCCCAGCCCAUGGAGGAGGAGGUGGGGGAGGCAGCAACAGCAGCAGUGGCCCCCCCUUGGGUCCCUCACACAGAGACACCAUCAGCCGGAGUGGUAUGAUUUUACGGAGUCCCCGGCCAGACUUUCGGCCUAGGGAACCUUUUCUCGGCAGAGACCCGUUUCACAGUUUAAAGAGACCCAGGCCACCUUUUGCUAGGGGCCCUCCGUUCUUUGCACCAAAACGCCCAUUCUUCCCUCCCAGGUACUGAUGGAAACCAAGGGAAAGGCAUUUAGAGAGCAUUGGAAGUAGUUUGGUUUAUUAUUGUUGUUGUUUUUAUUUGUUUUCCCUUCCUUUAUUUUUUUAUUAUAAUGAAGGGCCUCUCUUCCAAAUUAAAAAGUCAUAUAUUCUUGCAUUUCACUGUUCCAUCCAGUCCUCCCUCCCACUGCACUUAUCUACCUUCUCCAAGUUGUUUGUAUU